AUUGCGUCGUUUCGAAGAAUAAAACAUCGCGUAAUGGCAUUGGAAAGAACAGUCGCGGCGUCGCUCGGAAGAACGAGCCAUCAGCAUCGCGCCGGAGUGACAGACAGCAAUAUCACAAUGUCCUGGAUACGCGCGAUACCGGCGUUCGUCGCCGUAUUUUUGAUCCUCGGCCUCGGGGAGUCCCAAUACACCGAAUCGAAGGAACUGAAGGAAACUUACAUUGGCCUGUUCGAGAGGACGAUCCGUCCAAUAGCGACGUCGAAACGAAUGCUCGAGCAAGGGAUCGCGGCCUUCAGAGACGACUUGAGGACACUGAGGUCCCAUCUGAUUGAACAGAACGAUCAAAAUCGAACAACGAUCGCCGACGUCCUGAAUCCGAUCAAAUUAAAAAUCAAAGCGAUAUUCCCAGGAACGUAUUGGUGCGGCGAUGGGAACAUAUCGCCGAGCAAAGGAGCUCUGGGAUUGUUCAAGAAAACGGAUGCCUGCUGCAAGGCCCACGAUUCGUGCCCAAAAACGAUUCCGUCCAACGGGGAGAAAGACGGCCUGAAAAAUAAUGGUAUUUUCACCAGAUCACAUUGUGAUUGCGACCAAGAAUUCUAUCAGUGCUUGAAGGACGCCAAUACGAUCAUUGCUACGGACAUUGGAACCACGUAUUUUAAUAUCUUGAGACCACAAUGUUUCAAAAGCGAUUAUCCCGUCGAGAAUUGCAAAAGAUAUGCAAGACGCCGAGUGAUAGACGACAAAUGCGUGGAGUACAAUUACGAUCGUGACAAAUCGGAAAAGAUGCAGUGGUUUGAUAAUCCAGACUUUAUUGGUAUUUGAUCAUUUUAAUAAACUAAUCUAUGAAGCACCGUAACAGAGGAUCUCUUACUGACCUUCGUACAUUAUAUAAAUAUACAUUAAUGCGCCGUUGAAUUAUACUAAUAUCUACAGUCCUUGGCUCAGCAAAGAACGUAAGGGGAAUCCCCUUGAAAAAUACGAAUACAAACACGCGUUACAAUUCGUAUGGAUUCGUAUUAGCAAUACCGAUUUCCUAAAUGAUAAAUAUUAUACAGAGUGUUCCGCCACCAUCAAUUCUAGAGGCCAAAAUAAGACGAAAAUCAAGAAUAUCAAUUUCUUGGCUG